AUGGAAACCAAACCCCAGGAAACCACCCUGCCCCUCCGUCCUGCUGUGGACGUGAAGCCUCCCCAGGAACAUCCCCCCGCCCAGCCCGAAGAAUCGCAGGAGUCAACAUCCAAGAAGAAGGAAAAGAAGGAGAAGAAGGCUCAAGAGAAGGCCGCCAAGAAGGAGCAGGCGGCCAAGCAGCCCAAACAACCCAAGGGUCCCGCACCUCCCAAGGCGAAGAAGGAACCCGCCGCCCCUACCGACCCCGAGCAGAUGUUCAAGGAAGGUUUCCUGCACCAGGUCUACCACGAACGACCUGAAGAGAGCGUUACCACUCGAUUCCCUCCGGAACCUAAUGGCUACUUGCACAUCGGACACAGCAAGGCUAUUGCCAUCAACUUUGGAUUCGCCAAGCACCACGGAGGCAAGUGUAAUCUGCGAUACGACGAUACCAACCCGGCCGGUGAGGAACAAGAGUACUUCGAGUCGAUUAGGGACAUUGUCCAGUGGUUGGGCUUCAAGCCGGCUGCUAUCACUUAUUCCAGUGAUCACUUUGACCGGUUGUAUGAGUUGGCGGAGGAGCUGAUUCGGAGGGAUGGGGCUUACGUUUGCCACUGCUCAAAGGCCGAAAUAGAAGUCCAGAGAGGUGGAGGAGAGGGAGGAAAGGGCAAAGAACGUUUUGCGUGCGCGCACCGUGACCGUCCGAUCGAAGAGUCGCUUACCGAGUUCCGGGCCAUGCGCGACGGGAAAUACCAGCCCAAGGAAGCUUCCCUUCGGAUGAAGCAGGACCUCAGCAACCCGAAUCCCCAGAUGUGGGAUCUUGCGGCGUACCGUAUCCUCGAGGACAAUCACCACUUCCGGACUGGUGACAAGUGGAAGAUCUACCCGACAUAUGACUUCACGCACUGCCUUGUCGAUAGUUUUGAGAACAUCACCCACUCUCUCUGUACCACCGAGUUUGAGCUUUCGCGUGAGUCGUACAACUGGCUCAUCAACAAGCUGGACGUCUUCAAGCCCAUGCAGAGAGAAUACGGCCGCCUCAAUUUGACCGGAACUGUUCUUUCCAAGCGUAAGCUGAACCAGCUUGUCAAGGAGAACCAUGUGCGAGGCUGGGACGACCCUCGUCUGUACACUCUGAUUGGUCUUCGUCGCCGUGGUAUCCCCCCGGGUGCUAUUCGCGCGUUUGUCAAUGAGUUGGGUGUCACUAAAAACGUGACCAACAUCGAGAUCAACCGUUUUGAACAGUCCAUCCGUUCUUACCUGGAGUUCUCGGUGCCCCGGCUGAUGAUGGUGCUGGAUCCAAUUGAGGUUAUCAUUGAUGACCUGCCAGACGACUACGUGGAGAUGAUCGAGCAGCCUUUUGCGCCCAAGGACCCUUCGUUUGGUUCCCACAAAUUGCCCUUCACCAAGCGGGUGUUCAUCGACCGGAGUGACUUCCGUGAAGUGGACUCGCCAGACUACUUCCGUAUGGCACCUGGCAAGCCCGUUGGUUUGUUGAAGGCUCCCUACCCGGUGACUGCCAAAUCUUUCGAAAAGGAUGAAUCUGGUCGAGUCACGGUGGUCCAUGCCAGCUACGACAAGCCUGCUGAUGGGUCCGCGCCCAAGAAGCCCAAGGCUUUCAUCCAAUGGGUCGCCAACAGCCCGGCACACAACAGUCCAGUCAAGGCAGAGGCACGGUUGCUCAACCCGCUGUUCCAGUCGAAUAACCCCUCGGCUCACCCAUCGGGCAACUUCCUCAACGACGUCAACCCUAACUCCGAAGACAUCUACCCCAACGCCAUGAUUGAAGUGGGCUUCCACGACAUCCGCCAGCGCGCCCCCUGGCCGGCAGAGGACCGGAAGGCCGGUGAAGAAAACGGUGUCCAGGCCGGACCUGAGGGCGUGCGGUUCCAGGCGAUGCGGAUUGCAUACUUUGCCAUGGACCGGGAUACGACGGACAACAAGGUUGUGUUGAACCGGAUUGUGAAUUUGAAGGAGGGUGCAUAG